CAGAGCACAACAGCCAUAGCUCUCUUGCCUUGUCAUCUUCCUCCCUCUCGCGGAAUCGCAUCUACUGUCCGACGCUGGAACAUCAUCGACACUCGUGAAAGGUCUCAAUUUUGCUCGGUUUAUUAAAGACCAACCGGUGCGUCGUGUUCUUCUCCUAAUCUUCCUCAACCCACAUCUACCGGUCUCUCUUUCUCUCUCUAUAGAGUCUUUCAAUUUGGUGCCUUCUAUCGUGUUGUCGGAGUUCUUGUCGAAUCCUCCUGCUAUCUCUGAUCGGAGCCCAGAAUGAGCUGGUGGUGGGCCGGAGCUAUCGGCGCUGCAAAGAAGAAGUUCGAGGAGGAUGAUGCUCCGAAGAGCUUCCAGAGCGUGGGGCUGGUGGUGGGCGUGACGGGGAUAGUCGGGAACAGCCUCGCGGAGAUCCUCCCGCUCGCGGACACCCCCGGCGGCCCGUGGAAGGUCUAUGGCGUGGCCCGCAGACCCCGCCCCAGCUGGAACGCUGACCACCCGGUCGAGUACAUCCAGUGCGACAUCUCCGAUCCCCAGGAUGCUGAGUCGAAGCUCUCCGUCCUCACCGACGUGACCCACAUCUUCUAUGUCACGUGGACCAACCUGAUUGCUGAGGUCGAGAACUGCGAGGUGAACGGGAGGAUGCUGAGGAAUGUGCUGAGGGCUGUGCUUCCAAACGCGCCGAACCUCUGUCAUGUGUGCCUCCAGACGGGGCAGAAGCACUAUAUUGGCAACUUUGAAGACAUGGCCACGGGCAAAGUGCGUCCCCACGAACCACCUUACACGGAGGACCUGCCCAGGCUGGACUGCCCGAACUUCUACUAUACCCUUGAGGACAUCCUUUAUGAGGAGGUUGCGAAGAAGGAUGGGGUCUCGUGGUCGGUCCACCGCCCGCCUGUGAUCUUCGGGUUCUCACCCUACAGCCUCAUGAACAUGGUCGGAUCCCUUUGCGUGUACGCUGCAAUCUGCAAGCACGAGGGUACCCCAUUGAAAUUCCCAGGGACUAAGGAGACGUGGGAAUGCUACUGUAUAGCUGGGGAUGCGGACCUCAUCGCCGAGCAGCAGAUUUGGGCUGCAGUGGACCCAUAUGCGCGGAACGAGGCCUUCAACUGCAGCAAUGGCGACGUGUUCAGGUGGAAGCACUUCUGGAAGGUCCUGGCGGAGCAGUUUGGGAUUGAGGAGUACGGGUUCUACAAGAAGGAAGGGAAGCUGGGACUCGAGGAGGCGAUGAAAGGGAAGGAAAAGGUGUGGGAGGAGAUCGUAAGGGAGAACCAGCUGCAGCCCACGAAGCUGGAGGAGGUGGGGAUCUGGUGGUUCGUGGAUUUGGUGUUGAGCGGGGACGCGGGGCUGGACAGCAUGAACAAGAGCAAGGAGCACGGGUUCUUGGGGUUCCGGAACUCGAGGAACUCCUUCAUUUACUGGAUCGAUAAGGUGAAGGGCUACAAGAUUGUGCCUGGAGCUUAGGUUGUGUCGAGGAAGGCUCCGAGAGUGAGAUGGAAUGAUGGUAGAUCAAAUUGUUAUGAUCUGUUGUAAUAAUGAAUAAACAUCACAUUCCCUAUUUACCAUUAGAGUUGGAUUGGCCAUUGUAUUCUGUUUUCUUCAAACGUUCAUAUGGGAUUCCUGAUUGUGCUUUCUUUGUGGAGAGAGAGCUCUUUUUGGAUCUUU